GGGAAUCUCUGCCCAUUAAAUCGGGACAGGUGGAAUCUCUGUCCAUUGAAUCGGGACAGGUGGAAUCUCUGUCCAUUGAAUCGGGACAGGUGGAAUCUCUGUCCAUUGAAUCGGGACAGGUGGAAUCUCUGUCCAUUGAAUCGGGACAGGUGGAAUCUCUGCCCAUUGAAUCGGGACAGGUGGAAUCUCUGCCCAUUGAAUCGGGACAGGUGGAAUCUCUGCCCAUUGAAUCGGGACAGGUGGAAUCUCUGUCCAUUGAAUCGGGACAGGUGGAAUCUCUGCCCAUUGAAUCGGGACAGGUGGAAUCUCUGUCCAUUGAAUCGGGACAGGUGGAAUCUCUGCCCAUUGAAUCGGGACAGGUGGAAUCUCUGCCCAUUGAAUCGGGACAGGUGGAAUCUCUGCCCAUUGAAUCGGGACAGGUGGAAUCUCUGUCCAUUGAAUCGGGACAGGUGGAAUCUCUGUCCAUUGAAUCGGGACAGGUAGAAUCUCUGUCCAUUAAAUCGGGACAGGUAGAAUCUCUGUCCAUUGAAUCGGGACAGGUGGAAUGUCAGCCCAUUGAAUCAGGACAUGUGAAAUCUCUGCUCAUUAAAUUGUGCCAAGAGAUAUCUCUGCCCAUUGAAUUGGGACAGGUGGAAUCUUUGUCCAUUAAAUAA